AGAGAGAGAGAGCGAAAGGAACCAAGAUGGCGGCCAUCUGAUCGCCGGUAAAACCCAUCCGAUAGUGCCCUUCCAGACCCACCACUCGAGGCCCGGCGAGCCCUCAGGAACCAUGAGGCUGAAGAGGGAGCUGACGAAGGGCCACUCGGUCCACUUCGUCGACAGUCGCGGCCAGGAGCUCCUCUCGGCCAAGACCCCGAGAGCCGACGAAUCCCCAGAUGCCAGUGAUCCCGAGGAGGCGCAGGAGAAGGGACGCGGACGGAGGAAUGGCACGGGGUCCUCGUCGACGUAUCCUUCCCGGAGUCCCACCAAGGGCAAGAGAGGCCAGACGGAGGUCCAAGGGGCGUGGGAACAGGCAGACACGCCCCCGGGGGAGUCUGGCGUCGAGGGCCACGAGAAGCUCUUCGUGAGGCGUAGGUCGAUGGAGUCCUUCGAGAGCGAGAAGGACAGGAACAGCGCCGAAUCCUCCAGGAGAGAAGGGUUCGGCUCAGCAAGCUCCCUCGAGCAGUCUAUGACCCGCUCUCUGGGGUCACGAGGCUCCCUGUGCGAUGAGGCGGUCGACGAGUGCGACAACAUCAACGUCGUCGUCAGUUCGAGAAGGGACCCCACCUGUUCUCCGAAGAACACGGCCUCAUUUUCCGGUCCUUCGUCUACCUGUUCAGCCAACUGCAGAACCGGGAUGACCAGGAAUUCACCCUCACAGCCUCAUACCUCGAGAUCUACAACGAAAAGGUGAUUGACCUGCUGAACAUCGGAACCAACCAGAAGCCGCUUCAGGUCCGCUGGAGUAAGAAAAAAAGGGGGUUUUUCGUCGAGAAUCUGUUCGAGAUCGAGUGCGCGGAGUUGGACGACCUGCUGGCGGUGCUGGAGGAAGGCCUGCGGAACCGAGCCAUCGCCUCUCACAACAUGAACGAAUACUCAUCGCGAAGCCACACCAUCCUCACGGUCAACAUAACGUCAGAGAAGAAGGCUGACGACGGCGUGUACAUCACCCGCAACGGCAAGAUCAACUUCGUGGACCUCGCUGGCUCCGAGAUGACCAAGAAGACCAACUCCGAGGGCAAGACGCUGGAGGAAGCCAACAACAUCAAUAAGUCUCUCAUGGUGCUGGGUCACGGUGGCAUCGCCGCCCUCUCGGAUUGGAAGCGCGACGGCCACAUUCCUUCGGAUUCCAACCUGACCAAGCUGCUCGCUGAUAGCCUCGCCGGGAGUGGGAAAAUACUCACUUCCCAUUUCUCCCUCCAGAUCGCCUGCGCGUCGCCUGUGAGAAGCAAUGUCAGUGAAACGAUAAACACUUUCCGUUAUGCUUCUCGAGCCAAGAGAAUUCGAACCAAGCCGCUCAUUAUUAUGGACCCGAAGGAGAAGGUGAUCCUGAGCCUCCAGCGGGAAGUGAGUCUGCUGAGGGAGGAGAACGCCCACCUCAAGAUGCUCCUCGACCUCGCCGACGUCCAAGAAGGGAACCAAGGAGAGGGCCUUCCGAAGUUAGACCGAGCCAAGAUUACCAAUGGCCUCGACACAGCAGCCAUGGUGGAGGAAGACGGUGCAAGAAUGGAACCCCCACCAAUGCCCUCUCGCCAAGGGUCGUUCAGAGUGGACAAGGACAAACUCACGACGCUGAACAACCAAGAACUCAUCAACCUCGUUCAGCACUACAUGGCUGAACACGAGACAGUCAGGAAGGAGAACAAGGAACUGGAAGAUGCAAUGGCAACUCUAGUGCGUGACCAGGAUCUCGUGUGCAAAGAAAAUGAACGACUUUUGAAGAAAUUGCAAGAACUAUCGAGUGGCACGAGUACUGAAUCGAAUGAGGAGAAAGACAUGACCCCCCGCCCCCCCACGCAGCGUGUCACAACAGCCGGGGAGGUUCUGGACUCUGCAGGAAGGGCCACCUCACUUCCUUCGUCGCCGUCCUCGCAGGUGUGGGUCAACCCGCUCAAUGACACCAGCCGAAGGAGGGAGUCGCCGGCACCAGUCGGUCCACCCCGGGCACGAGCAGGUCGACCCCGGGCAGCAGAGGGCGCAGCGUCCCCGACUCGAAGGGCUCGCCGAGGAAGGGCAACCGCCUCCCGGACUCCAUCAACAAGGAGCUCGAGAGGAGAAGGAUUGGGAAGAGCAUGAACGACCUCAGUGCCCCUGGCGGGAGCAGCGGAGGGCGGAGCACAGGAGGCCGGAGGAACAGCUGGGACGGAGAAGACACCUCAGGACUGCCAGCUGUGAGGCGGCCACCGGUCAAGAGCAAGAGCAUGUCCCCGGGGCUCAACUCGACGAAGAGGUCACUCCUCCCGAGACUUAUCGCCCCCAUCCGAAGUUGAGAUGCUGACCCUCAGUCCACGGGUUCGCAUUCCUUCCUCAAGAGUCACUUGAAUACCCAGGAUCCUUCUAAGAAUGGGGAAAGCACUUAGCUGUGGCCAAGAGGGUCACAGUUAUUUUAUUGGUGUUAUGCAGUUUUUAUAAGAAAAAAAAAAAAAAAAAAAAACUGCGCCAGCUCUCCCUGGAUCUGUUUGUAUCCUGAGAAAAAAAAAAGUAAAAUGGGCAAUUCUUAGGGUCUCAUAUCUCAAGUUUAUGUGAAAUAUUCACCCUAUAAAUAUGAACAUGUUAGUGUAGGUGUUGUGCAUAUGGAUCUAGUCAGUUCUUUCAAUGGUGCUGUAGAGAAAUGCAGGUGUGAGGUUUAUAAAUACCAGCAUCUGUGUCAAUACAGUUUUACCAGGAAAAGUACCAUUUACUGUGCAUUAUGUAUAUUUUCUCCCGUCCAAAAGUGAAUUGCACAGGCUCCUGUGUGAGUGCCUGUGGCAGUUUAUUUUCUAACAAAAAUGAUUUGCUGCAGAAAGAACACUACAAAUAAUACAUGUAUUUAUGGCACAAAGAUGACAAUCUUUAAAAUCAGGGCAAAUUAUAUUGUUUUAGAAAUCAAGCAAGUAAUUGUAAUCAUCUUGCACUCAUUGUUUCGUGGAUACUUUUAGUCCAUGGGUAUUUGUUCAGAGACAAAAAAAUGUGCAAGAAAGAUCCUAAGUCUGGAAAAAUAAUGGAACAUAUAAUUUUCCCAUAUGAUUUUAGUUUCCUUCAACUUUGACAUUCUUGCGGCACAUUUAUGCUGCCCUGUGAUAUUGCAAAUACAUUCAUUUAAAGGAAUUCUGUAUUUUGUUUAAAAUAAACAUCAAAAAAUUA